CCGUGGAGUGCUUACUAUACAUUACGUAUGUUAUAAUACUUGUCAAAGUGUGUGUUGUGUUCUAAAAUGAUGUUUAUUAUGGAAGAUUUCGAACGCCGACAACAGAGGGAACGUGAGAAACAUAAGCGUCAGCAAGUGCAAAGUGUCGGUCGUGAGUAUGCCCUCUUCCCCGAACCGCGUCGUGUGAAUCCCUCUGAGGUUGACGACGAUAUCAGCGCCAAACUGGGCGAUCACUCCAAAGCCAUUGAGUUUAUGAAUACGGACGCUGUCGGUGUACAGCCGUCCUCCAACAAUGCCUUGCUCUCCAGUCAUAUACAAACAAGUGCCUCCUCUUUAGCUGGCGGCAAUGGUGUCAACAGCGCCUCUAUGCCUGCCAACGCGUCGUCUUCGUCUCAGCGAUUAUUGGCCGGCCCACCUGGUUCUCAACCGCCCCAGCAGUCAUCGCAACAAACACAUCACUACCAACAGCAAUUGCGCCAACUCCCGUAUCUAAAGCAGGCUGACAAUAAGCCACCGUACAAUGGACGCGGGGGCUAUCCUGGCCAACCGGUAAAAAAUGAUUUUCGUUCCAGUAGUGGUAUGGCGCCACCGAAGGGCCCACCACCAACUUCGACAAUAACAACUGCCGUCGGCAGCGGAAAUAACAAUUGUAGCAGCAGUAGCUCAGGUGCAACGACGUCCUUGCCACCACCGCCUCCGAAUGGGUACUUGGGUCCGCCCAAAUCGACAGCACCAUUACACAAUGGCUGCUUCUCUAAACCUUUACCGCCUUCUAUAAACGAUAUCUUCACCAAAGUGGAUCAGCAGUUUCGCGCUCCUGAACAAAUUACAAAAAUUGCCGCCACACCACGCACUACCAUUGGUGAAUAUAAUUUGAAUGGGCCGAAUCGGCAUAAAUACUCUGUUGGGCCGAUACAGCCUAUUUUGGGCUCUCCACCAUCUGGAGCAGAAUUGUUGCAGAGCGCGGUACCGCCACCCAUAACACCAAUCUCAGCUCUGCCUGCAACGCCCAAUCCACAGGCUAUUUCAAGCGCCAUGGCUAUAACGCCCAUUGAUAAUGGCGGCACGUCUACAGCGUUGCCUACUGCUAUGAAAACGACGGUAGCGGCAGUAACGACGGCGGUACCAACACUCAGCGCGUUAAAUGCACCGCCGGUUACGUCAGCUGUCAGACCAGUAUUGUCAAUGCCUAAGGAGCCUUUGAAACCGCUACUGGCGGAAAAAAUUGGGCCUACUUUGGAGAAGCAGAACUCCACUUUGGAAAAUGACUUGGAGCUUUCAGAAUCAGAUGACGAUCGCAAGAAGCAAAGUGGCUCGUUACAUAAUUCAAGUGAUAGCUCACCCUCAGAUUCCAGUGAGUCUGGCAGCGAGGAGUCGUCAAAAAGUGAACAACAACCUACACAAAUGUUGCAUCAGCAACAAUCUGCAGCACAACAGCAAAACUUGCACGCACAUCACUCAUUCCAAAAUCAGCAACAUGGGCAGCAGCAGCAACAGCUACUGCCACAACCAACACAAUCCGUCGUACGUUCAGGAGUGAGUAAAUCCGUUAAUGAUAAAUCAAAGGUGAUGGAACCACUUGUCAGCAGUCGCUCAAGCAUUUAUCUCAGCAGCAAUGUUCUGGGCUCAGCAGGCUCUUCCAGUUCGGGCCCCAGCUCCACCUCAUCCUCCUCCAAUAAGACGCCAUCACCUUCUGAUUCGAGUAAAUGGCACUUAAGCCGGUACUUCAAUAAAAAGCCCACACAAACACAGAACGAAACCCCAUCACUGCUGAAUUCGCUAGUCGUAAAUUCGAUUAAUGUGAGCAUGGAUGAACCUACUUUGCUACCUGGUGGUGCACAAAUAAUACCAGAAGCCACGCAGCCGCAACCUAAUCCAGCGAUCGUAAAGCAUGAAACAUCCAACUAUGGAACAACGCAAAAAAAAUUUUUAGUACGAAGUGAUGACGACGAUGAGGAGAUUGGUGGUGUGCGAAGAAGUUGCGAUGCGCGUACCGUUUCAACAAAUGCUAAUACCGCGAAAUCGAGUGUAUGUGGUGGCGUGCCAGCGUUGUUAAAUGAAAUCAAAAAGGAAUCCGAUGUGCUUUAUCCUAGCUCCUUAUUGAAGGCUAGCUCCGCAGUCAGCGCGCAGACUCAUGCACAUGCCGCAUCUCAACAACAGCAAUCACAGGUGCCGUUACUUAACGCUGCCGAGUUCGUUGCAAUACCAACGAGUCAAAUAAAACACGAAGCACCCGGCUUGUCGACAGCAUCAACGACAACAACAACUGUUGCGCCAAUGUCCCUUGCCGGUGGUACUACUACAGUCACACCUUACAACACGUCAUGUGCUAAUGCUAGUGGGAGUGGGAAUGGGCGAAGGCGUACGCCCUCUGUCUCACCGCAUGUGCGCAAUAGUGUUACAACCGGCACAAAGGCUGGAGAAUUUGGGCGUGUUACUCAAUUGUCGGCGCCUUCCAGCGAUGGGCCAAGCAGUGGAGACGAAGACGACAUAACAUCUGUAAGGCCAACCGUGCCAACGCUAGGCCCAGGUGGCACAUUGAAGAUACCUGGUGUACCCGCCGCCAUCACCGCUUUACCGCCUUCGCCACCGCAACCAUUGGUGCCAGCGCCUACACUUCGAAACUCAAUAACAGUGGUGCCAAUUGAUCCACUCCCGACGACAGCGCCAACACGCAGACGAAAAAAGCCCCGAAACUUAGUACCCAUAGUUACGACGCAUCUAGAUACGAGUGACGAAGAAGACAUGGCACCGGCGAAGGCUGCCUUUAAAAGUGGUGGUGUUACAGUUAGUCCGGCAGCGCUGCGAGCAGCAGCUGGUCCAGGCGGAAAAUUGUAUGCAGAAUCAACACCGCCAGUCGCGGCAAAAAAAGGUCCAGGCCGGCCACGUAAAACGGCAAGUAGCGGAACAGCCAGUAAUACAACUACAACUGUCACCGUUGCAAAAGGACCGACACUGACGGCGAAGAAGGAUGUGGCGAAUAGUGGUGCUGUUGCAGCCAAGAAGCCGACUGCAAGGAGGAAAGGUUCAAAGCAGAAUUUGAAUUCGGCUGCGACGACAUCGACGACGAAAAUAGCAACACAAUCGCAACAACCAGUCGUUUCAGCACUAACACGCGCUCCAAGCAUUGAUUCCUCCUCUGGCUCUUCUACGACCUAUUCGACGUCCAGUUCUUCAUCUUCUGAUACAGAAGGCUCGUCAUCCGAUGAUGAGGAUGAAGAAGCGGUUGCGAGCGCUACAUCGACCAAACGCAAUCCAACGGCGCGCCCCACAGCGGCAGCAGCAGUAACUGCGGCAACGGCAGCGGCGCCUGUCGGCACUAGUCGAAUUAUAGUGCAAUUGAAUAAACGUAAAUCCUCCCGUGACGAUGCGCUACCUACAACAGCUACGACAGCAACAGCCAGUGGUGUAUCAAAAUCGUCAAACAAUGGAAAGCGAAGACGAACAACACCACAGUUUGAAGAUGCCGACAGCGAUGAUGACUCGUCGGAAUCCGGCUCUGGUUCGGAUGAAAGCUCUGUCAGCAACUUUAUCACAGCGAACGCCAAUACAAAUGUGGUUGCACCGAUAGGAGCUGGCAGUGCCAGUGGCGGCAGUUCACAUCGAUCACAGAAUUUGCAAUCACCAUACAAAGUGCCGAUUUCAACGGCGCCUGUGUCUAGUUCUUCGUCAAGCUCGAGCAACGGUUCAUCUACGUCCUCGAGCAGCAGCAGCGGGGGUGAACACUCUGAUAGAGAACGUAGCGCAGCAUCCAACAACCGUGUUAAGGGCAAAAAUGUGAAAACGGGCGCUAAGGGCGCAACUUGCCCCAGCACCGUUACUAGCAGUGCACGACUACGUCGUGAUAAGCCAAAGGCGAGUGACAAAAACAAAAAUGUAACUCUCACGCGCAUUUUCAAUCCGAAGGAAGGUGGUGCGAAGAAGCAGGGUCAGGUGUUGGUCAUCGACCAGUCGAGUGGUGAGCUGAGUGGUGAGCAGCAACAACAAAAAUUAAUAUCUCCUAAUGCGGCCGGAUAUAGAACGACGGCGGCUGCAGUAUCAGCAUCAUCAGCCACCCAAGAGAAUCUCUCGGCAGUGGCCGCUACAUCGCAAUCACCACGACUCACACCGGGUCACAUGAAAUCGCCACGAGCUUUGCCACAUCUAGCGGCGGCACAUCGUACACCUGACCGUAGUAGUCGUAGCAGUGCUGAACGUAAAGUCCAACAACAGCGUAUCAAGACGCCAUCGUGUACACCAACACGCACUCCUCCUUCAACGCGAACGCCUACACCGACACCGUCACCAGCAGGUCUACUGUCGGCACCCACUGCCUCUCCAAUGCGUACUGCAGCAACCAUGGCGUCGAAUAUUCCAUCCCUUAUCUGUAAAGUGGAUUUAUCCCGAUUGUAUCGCAUUUUGCCAGAAUGGCGUGCAAAUACUUAUCGACUUUCUAACGCAGGCGCUAGCACGUCUGCUAUGCCUCGUUGCGCGCAACACGAGGCAAUAUUGAACGCUGAUCUGCAAGCAACAACUGUCCGCCUUGCAGCUGGUGGCAACGGCAGUGCCACACCACACACUAUCGAUAUCCGAACCCCAACAACACCCCACGCACCACCCGAUCGAGAGCUGUAUCGUUCAAGGGAAAGUCUGGCUGGAGUUGGUGUUGGCGGGGGCGGGAGCGGAGGCAAACAGAGACUGAACACAGUGCAUUCAAAUGGGCGAUUGAGCAGUCGCGGUGGCGGUAGCGGCGACACAACUCCCAAAGAGCAUCCCCAACUCACACCAAAUGGUUACACAUCAGCGACGGCUACAUCAGCAGUACUUACAGGCAAUAACUCACCGCCAACUAAGCAAUUGCUAAAACAUGAGCAAUUGAUCAAGCAUGAACCAGACGCCGAGCUUGAGAGUGCAUCUAUGGUACCUCUCAACAAAGCUGACCCUUACUGCAGCGAAACUAAGUUUAAAACAACCGGCUCAGUUAAGCAAGAAGUACUGCUGCUUAAACAGGACUUCAAGCCUGGACUGCCCCCGCCAAAAGACUAUGUGGUUGGCGAGAAACAAGAUCACCAUGAAGAGGGGCGCAGUGCUUCGCCUACAUCACACAAUCUGCGAGUAAGCGGCAUGACAGAGACAAAGUCCCAACGGCGCAAGCGUAGCGCCAGUUCCAGUCCGUAUAAAGAGAAGAAGCGGAAAAAAGAGAGAACAGACAAAUAUGCCAAAGAUAGUAAAGGGGUAAAAGAGGGAAAAGAGGGGAAAGAAAGUAGCGUGUUCACAACUUCAGACACAAUGGCAGCAUCGGGGAAUGAGAAGGAAAAGGACGUUGACAAACUAUUAACCGCUGUUGGUACUAUAGAACGUGAUAUUGAAAAUGGCGCCAUCAACUGUCUUGGGGGUGCUAACGAUACAAGUAAUCGCGCGGCUGCUUUAAUUUCUCCACAAGACAUCACCAACAAUGGACAAAUGGAGAAGGACCAUCAGCUCAUAGAGAAUCGGCAAUUGCCUCACACGAAUCACGACCGAUUACUCGUGGAACGUCAAAUGGGCCAGCAGCAACAGCUUGCCAGUGCCACCGCACCGAACUCCUCACACAGCCCUGCGCAUUUACCAACAACUGGCAAUCAUUUAAUUGCGCCGCCGAUCGCGGAGACGAUAUCCGUCAACGCGCUGCCUUCGGGAAGUGGAGCUGCGCCCUCGGCACCGCCGCCGCAACUCAUAUAUCGCUCAUUCUUUGAACGAGACGAUAACAGAAUCCGUGAUAACAUUAGCGAAAACUCUAAAUUUCUGCAGGAAGCCGUCCAACGCAAACAUGCAGCAGAUAAGGAGCAAAAUCUAUUCAACCAGGUGUCACUGUAUUUGGAAGCGGUUAUAUAUUUUCUCCUCUCCAGUGCUGGGUUGGAGGAGCAUCGCAACUCCGAAGAAUCCAGCUGGGUGAUGUACAAGGAUACGCUAAACUUAAUUAAAUUUAUCUCGUCAAAGAUAAAGCAUUUGCAAGUGGCCUCAUCUAAUAAUGAAGUGCCCGAACCUCACAAUAAAGUCGCGAUCUUGAGCCUACGUUGUCAGUCGUUAAUCUCGCUUAAACUCUACAAAAUGAAACGCCAGUAUUGUCGCAGCAUAAUAAAUCAUUGCAUUGAAUUAUUAAAGAGUAGUCGCUUGGAAAUACUCAAUGGGAAUACACCUUCAUCAAACUCGCCAUCGAACUCAGUCUGCUCACAGGGCUCUGACUCAAAUACACCUCCUGGACGUAUUGGGCGCCUAGAUGUGCAUACAACGCUCAGCCACCAAAAUUUAUAUUUCAACUUUUUAGCCAAUUGCCAUGAUUUGUGGGAUCAGGCGGACCGCCUUGUUCGGCAGGGAAAUCACACAGAUUUCUUCAUUGCAUUGGAUCACGAGAAUGGUCCUCUGACGCUGCACAGUUCUAUGUAUGACUUGUUUCGAUAUGUUCAGUCUGGCCUUAAGAAGCUGAAAAGCGCCAAUACGAUCGCCACCACGACAGCAACAGAUACACCAUGUGGCAGUAGCGGUAGCGGACCUGCUCCGGGCACUGCCCCUGUUUCUGCUGCUACCAGCACAGCCACAUUGGCCAAUAGCAACAUCACCAAUACUAAUAACAAAUGCAAUUCGAACAUGUCAAAAUUGCACCAGUAGUGUAACAAUUUUCGGCGGUUUUGCGUUUAUGGACCUACACUUUGUUGGUGUUCAAGUGUUGCUCUUUUUGUUACACUGACUGCCCUGACAAAUCCGCCAACGUCGCAGCGGGCUGCAUUCGCUGUUGCAUUUCUUCAAUCGUUAUAGCUUAGAAAGUAAAGAGAAUUUCAUUCAAAAAACAAAAAAACUAUACAUUGUAUAUAUAUAUAUAUAUGUAUAUAUAUAUACAAAAACAAGCCCAUAAUCCAGUGCAAGUGUGUGUGCUUGAGAUUGUUAGUAGGCGGCACAUUUACUAUUUUUUAUAACUUCUACUAGCAUGAGAGUUACUAUUUGAAAAAUCGUUGGACGAGAAUGUAUCAAGCAAUUGUUUGCUUGUUGUUAUAGAAAAACAAGUGUUACAGUUUAUAUUAAUAUUAAUAUUACCAUUAUUUCUAUUACGUUUUUACUAAUAAUGUUUAAUUGAAAUUUAUAUACGUAACACAUAAAUUUAACAACUGAAAAUAUACUUUAUAAACAAAAAUUGCGAGAAUUACGCAAACUUGUGAAAUAAGUGAAUUAGAAGACGCGAAUGUAUUUGUUUUUUAAUUAGUUGCAAAGGAGAAGGAUAAAAUGUUUAUUUGUUUUAUUUUAUUUUUUAUUUUUCACGAUUUUUCGCUUCUAAAAGCACAAAACUUUGUAAAAGAAUAGGAAAAAAGAAGAGCAAAUUCCUUGUUUUCAGAAGCAUAAAUUUUGUAUAUAAUUUGCAUAUAAAAUGCAGCAAGAAAUAUUUUAAUGCUUUUUUAUUAUUAAAUAAUAUUAUUUAAAUUUAUUUAUAUAAAAUCAAUCAUUGGGGUAAAAAUAAUAAAAGCGGGCGCGCUGAUAUAAAAAAUUAUUGCUAAAAUGUAAAUAUCGAUAAAAUUAUUAUUUCGCUUCCGCAGGCACACACAUGAACCACUACGAAGCAUACACUAAACUUAGCCAGUUACUAUGAGGAGUACUCGAUUUUAGUUGAAUUCUAGUACAUUAUUAUUGAGUUCAAGUCGACUUUGUCGGAAAAGGAACUUAGCUAGUGAACUUUGUCUAACCCCUCGUGUUCCACCAAGAGAUGUAAGAAAAUGUUGAAAACUUAAUUUACUGUUACUGUUCCAAAGCUGAAGUAUCACAUCGCAAUUUUAUUCAAAUAUAGCGUCGUUAAGUUUUAGAAAAAAAGAAGGAAGCAAAUUCUUAGUAAUUUUUGAAAUUUUCUUGAAAUAAUCCAAAUACUCGUAAUAAAUAUAUAAUUUUUGGGUUUCGUAUCCACUGCUUUUACUUUGUAUUAAUGUUUAAAGGCAUUUUAGCUGUUUUGUUGGCACUCACUACUACAUAUUGUAUAUAUAUAUAUGUAUAUGUGCAUGUAAGAACAUUAUAUUUAUCAUAUGAUUAUUAUUUUUCCUAUAAUUUAUAGGCAACUUAGUUAAUUGUUUAAGGACCUUUGAACUAAAUUAUUUUUUUAGAUACAAUUAUAUUAGUUUUCUGCUUGUAUUCAGUGCUACUUCGUCACAACUUCACUUGGUGCAAAUUGACUGCUCUGUAAAAAGGCAAGGCCAACUUUAAAAGGUUUCAAAAUUUACAAUUCUUUGCUAGUACACAUUUCCACUUAGAGAAUAAGGGGGUCACCGUAGUCAAGUGCGGUUGUGCGAGACUACCAUUCGGGCUGGUCCGCGUUCGAUACCAACUGUGAAACAUUUUCUUUUUUGAUAACAGUCGCCCUCAACAUGCAAUAUAAAACGUCUAAAUGUAUUUCUAGCUCGUAAAGAUUCAUAUUAAAACCCUAUCCAUACGGAGCCGGCAUACAACCACAGCGCCGUUUGUCUGUAGAACAAGAUGAUCGCGUGCUCAACACGUUUCAGUAGAAGACCGACCAUAACCCCAACAAGCACCAUACCUCAUAUAUAUUAUAGAUAUAAUUAAAUAUUCCUUUUGACGCUUUAUUUUUACUAAACUGAUAUUUGGUCCCAGUAUAAAAGCUGAUGUUACCGGAGUCCUUUUCGCAUUUUGUAAUUUUUUUUAUAUUUAGAUUUUUGUUUCUUGCGUUUCUCUUGUUCUUUUUGUAAAAUACUUCCAAAUAGUAAAGGGGUACAAUUAACUUACAAUUAAUAUAGUUUAAAAUAAGAACGACAUAAAAAAUGUUAAAUUAUUUGUAUACAUAAGAAGUGUGAGCAUAUUAGAAGCGUGCGAAGCCGCCACAGCAAUAAUUAAUGUGUAUUUUCAUUAAAAAAUAACCUAACCUAGGGGCAGCAACUACAAUGCAUGAAAUAAAAAUACCAAAACAAUUUUACAUAUUUUAA